AUGUCUGACGCGAAGCCCGUUGACACCCCCGCCGCUGAGCCGGUCGCCGCUGAGGCCCCCGCCAGCGAGACCGUCGCUGAGACUGCCCCCGCAGAGGAGCCAAAGACUGAGGACGCCACCGACGCGCCCGCCGCCGAGCCCGCUGCUGAGGGCGCGGAGCCCGCUGCCGAGGAGACCACCGCGCUCCCCAAGGAGGAGAAGACCGCCGACGGCGAGGUCAAGAUCACCGCUGAGCCCGUCUACUCUGGCGCUCUCGGCUACAAGGCCCCUGGUCUGAUCAAGGGUCUCACUUUCUCCAAGAAGUACUUCUGGUUCGGCGAGGAGGCCGCCGUCUCCAAGGACAGCCUGCACGGCUACCUCCGCGGCGAGAAGGGCGAGCACGCUCACGCCGCCGUCGCCUGGGCCAGCAAGACCGGCAAGGGCCUGCUUUUCUUCGCCAAGCACGCCGACCAGAAGUCUGCCCCUGAGGGCGUCCUGAAGCUGGCUGAGGCUACCGAGGUCGCCAAGGAGGGCAACAAGGUCUUCUCCUUCAAGCUCCACGGCCACAAGCACUCCUUCGAGGCCACCAACGCCGCCGAGCGCGACGGCUGGGUUGUCGCCGUCGAGACCACCGUCGAGGAGGCCAAGGCCGCCGCUGAGGGCGUCACCUCCAGCGACGAGUACAAGGAGACGAUCGAGAAGCUCGGCAAGCCCGCCGCUCCCGCUGCCGCCGCUAAGGCUGAGGAGACCGCCCCCAAGAAGAGCACCGAGGUUAAGCCUGAGGGCGAGGAGCGCCGCGGCUCUUCCUCCUCCAGCUCCGGUGACGAUGCCGAUGGCAAGAAGAAGAAGAACAAGAAGUCCAAGUCCCGCUCCCAGUCCCGCAAGAGGGCCUCCGUUUUCGGCGGUCUCCUCGGCAAGAAGGAGCACGAGAAGAAGGACGUGAAGAAGGAGGAGGCCAAGGAGGAGGAGGCGAAGAAGGAGGGCGAGGAGGCUGAGGAGCCCAAGGCCGAGGCCGAGGCCGCCGCCGAGGCCCCUGCUGCUGAGGCUGCUGCCGACGCUGCUGCUCCCGCUGAGGAGGCCAAGCCCGCUGAGGGCGAGGCCAAGCCUGAGGAGGCCAAGGUCGAGGAGGCCAAGCCCACGCCCAAGGCCAACAAGCGCACCUCCAUCUUCGGCGGCUUCUUCGAGAAGGUCCGCAGCCCCACCGUCGAGAAGAAGGAGGCCGAGACCGCCCCCGUCGUUCCCCCCAAGGACGGCGAGGCUCCCGCCGCCACCGAGGAGGCCGCUAAGCCUGCUGAGGGUGAGGAGGCCAAGCCCGCUGAGGAGGCCCCCAAGACUGCUGACGGCGAGGCCCCCGCUGCCACCGCUACCACUCCCGCCAAGGAGAAGGGUGGCUUCUUCAGCAAGUUCGGCAAGGCCAAGUCUCCCGCCACCACCCCGGCCACUGAGGCUCCCAAGGAGGAGGCCAAGCCCGUCGAGGGCGAGGCUGCUCCCGCCGUUGAGGGCGAGGCUGCUGGCACCCCGGCCACGGCCGCCGCCGCCGCCGCCGCUCCCGAGCCCGGCAAGGAGAAGCGCCGCACCUCUUUCUUCGGCAACUUCGGUGCCAAGAACAACACCGAGGGCGAGGCUGAGGGCGAGAAGAAGCGUGGUCUCGGCGGCCUGUUCCGCAACCCCAGCAAGGCUGCCAAGGAAAAGAAGGAGAAGAAGGAGACGGCUGCUCCCGCCAAGGUCGAGGAGGAGGCUGAGAACAAGCCCGAGGAGACCCCCGCCACCGAGGAGGCCAAGAAGGAGGGCGAGGAGGAGCAGAAGGACGAGGAGAACAAGCCCGCCAUUGGCGAUGUCGUCCCUGAGGCCGUUACCGUUGGCCAGUCCUCUACUCCCGCUGUCCAGGCUACCGCGUAA